UCUCUCAGCACCAAGGACAGAGAGCCGCUGAGCCGCUAACCCAAACAACGGUCCAGUGGGGGUCCCUCCCAAAUCCUCUAGGGAACACUGGUGCCUUGGGAAAGCAGCUAUGAAACCAGGCAGUGAGGUCUGAUGAGGAAGCUGUUAGAGUAGUUCACAUGUAAUUUCCUCCUCAGAGGCAAAAACCAGGUGAUUUCCUUCCUGCAUGGAAAUGAUCCCAUAGUUUCUGUGUCCUGGGAAAGGCAAAGUUUGCUUUUGCUUCGUUCCGUGUGUUUGCAGUCAGUAAAUGGCUUCAGGAACUGAGGCGCUAAACACCACAGUCUCCAGGCACCAGAAGAAAUUUUCAGGAAACAUUUUGGAGUCGAAUUCCUCUGUCUGGGCCAUGGCACCUCUGAGCCAGAUAAGCAGCCACAUCAACUCCACCUGUGGGGCAGAAAACUCCACUGGUGUCAACCGGGCCCGUCCACAUGCCUACUACGCCCUGUCCUACUGUGCACUCAUCCUGGCCAUCAUCUUUGGCAACGGUCUGGUAUGUGCAGCUGUGCUGAGGGAGCGAGCCCUACAGACCACCACCAACUACCUAGUGGUGAGCCUGGCUGUGGCAGACCUGCUGGUGGCCACUUUGGUGAUGCCGUGGGUGGUGUACUUGGAGGUGACAGGUGGAGUCUGGAAUUUCAGCCGCAUUUGCUGUGAUGUUUUUGUCACCCUGGAUGUCAUGAUGUGUACAGCCAGCAUCCUGAACCUCUGUGCCAUCAGCAUAGACAGGUACACAGCAGUGGUCAUGCCAGUUCACUAUCAGCAUGGCACCGGGCAGAGCUCCUGUCGACGUGUGGCGCUCAUGAUUACGGCUGUGUGGGUGCUGGCCUUUGCUGUGUCCUGCCCUCUCCUCUUUGGUUUCAACACAACAGGGGAUCCCAGCAUCUGCUCCAUCUCCAACCCUGAUUUUGUCAUUUACUCUUCGGUGGUGUCCUUCUAUGUUCCCUUUGGGGUGACUGUCCUGGUCUAUGCCAGGAUCUACAUGGUCCUGAGGCAAAGGCGAAGAAAACGGAUCCUCACUCGACAGAACAGCCAGUGUAUCAGCAUCAGACCUGGCUUCCCUCAGCAGUCUUCCUGUCUGCGGCUGCAUCCCAUUCGGCAGUUUUCAAUAAGGGCCAGGUUUCUGUCAGAUGCCACGGGACAAAUGGAGCACAUAGAAGACAAACCAUAUCCCCAGAAAUGCCAGGACCCUCUCUUGUCACAUCUACAGCCCCUCUCUCCUGGCCAGACACAUGGAGAGCUGAAACGCUACUACAGCAUCUGCCAAGACACUGCCUUGAGGCAUCCAAACUUCGAAGGAGGGGGAGGGAUGAGCCAAGUGGAGAGGACUCGGAACUCCUUAAGCCCCACCAUGGCACCCAAGCUCAGCUUAGAGGUUCGAAAACUCAGCAAUGGCAGGUUAUCCACAUCCCUGAAGCUGGGGCCCCUACAGCCUCGGGGAGUACCACUUCGAGAGAAGAAGGCCACCCAGAUGGUGGUCAUUGUGCUCGGGGCCUUCAUUGUCUGUUGGCUGCCCUUCUUCUUGACUCACGUUCUUAAUACCCACUGUCAGGCAUGCCACGUGUCCCCAGAGCUUUACAGAGCCACGACAUGGCUUGGCUACGUGAACAGUGCCCUGAACCCUGUGAUCUACACCACCUUCAACAUAGAGUUCCGCAAAGCCUUCCUCAAGAUUCUAUCCUGCUGAAGGAGGAGAAGAGACAUUCCCUUUACCCACUUCAAGAUGCCAGGCAGUUUGGACCCCCAGGAGGGUCUGGUUGGAAUGACUGCCCUGGCCUCUGGCACCCGUGGUAUGAAGAAGAUUCGUGAAGCAGGAUAACCCGGGUUAGGAAUAAGAAGCUGUUUACUCCACGAUAGAGAUAUACUACCUCCCCAGCUUACAUCUGGCUCUUUCCUGCCAGUCUUCAAAUUGCUAAGUGCUAGGCAAUAAUUCAGAGAGAAGUUGAUUUUAAAAAAUAAUAAUAAUAUGUGGGACACACACAGAGAAUUGUCAUCGGAGACACGAUGCAGUGUAGUGAAGGAAAAAUGAGCAGGUCUCAGCAGUCUCAGCCUGCCAGGGGUCCUUGAAGUCACAGUCAGGAAGCCGUCUUGUAGAACACUAAGUUCCUCUUCGUUCAGGCCUGUAAUUAACUGUCAGCACAGCUAACCUUAAGCAUCCAUGGGGCCCAUUUGCUUGUUUUCUUUCACUGUGUCCUAAAAUAUGAAAGGCAAGGCCAAUGUUUAUAUAUCCCAAAUAUAUAUCUGUGGAAUAGAAUUGGCUGCAUUUGAUGAGGGAAAUUCUCACCCCAGAGUGGACACUGUCCCACAGUGGGACUUGGGGCUUUGUUUCUACUCUUACUUACCCUACAUGUUAGCUCUGGCUACGAAGGCCCUCUGCUUUAAGUCCCUGACUUUAUCAAGACAAUUCUGGUGUCUUGGUUUUUAGAAUCAUUCUAGACAAGUCAUUUAAGUGAAGAAGGUAAAUUGAUUUCCUCUGCAGUGCCAUGGCUGGACUUUGUGGUUCAGAGAGUGCCUUCCAUGUGCUAUCUAUCAUCUGACUGUUUUCCUAGCCAGGAACUUCCAUCUGCUUGACAGAGACCCAAAACUUUCAGACCCUGAUCCCCGCCAAGUGUUACUUUCCCCCCAGUCUCUGCAGCUGCUGUCCUCAAAGAUGUCAGUCUCCCCUUGCUUUUGCCCGUGUGGGUGGUAGUGAUUUGCCUAGACUUUCAGAGGACCUCAGUACUGAGAGUACUCAGAGGAGCGGGGGUGGGGGGUUGGGGGGUGGGGAGGAUGGCUUUCCAAACCAUCACAUGGAUAGAGUUUAUAGCAUCCUAGUCAGAUCUUAAACAUUAACCCUCUAACAACUGUGUAGCAAAAGCCGGGUGUGGUGUCUCAAGGGGAAAAAAAAACUGCACCAGAAAUAAUUUGUAAAUGCCAAUCAAAGUAGCAUUUAGAAGGAGCUCACAUCAUUUACCUUCUCACCUAAAAAUGCUGCUUUUUAUUGAUUGCAGAAUCAAGAUCAAAUUUAUGGAUAAUUUAUGAAAAGCUGUCAGUCUGAACUUCAAUAAAUUUACCUUUAAGAGCAUUAGUAGCUAGCAUGACAGAUAGUGGCUACCGCGCUGUUAAAACUUUAAAGAGCCCAAGAAGUUUCCAAAGAAUCCAAGGCUUCCCCCUCCCCAUCUUUAUUCCCCUGAUCCUAAUGAGUCAGUUGUCUGAUAGUCCUGGAUGCUUUGAUUCGAGCACUUAAAAGUGUUAUUAUCUAUAAUAACUGGUAUUGUAACACAGUGUGAAAACCCGAAUCCUCUCUGCCCACCGACUCUUAUACUUAGUGUCAUAUGGAAUGAUAGGUUUAUGCUACAAGCAAAGCUGAAUCCUGAACAGUUAAAUCUGUAAAAGUAAAGGUUUGUGAUUUCUAGGUUUCCUCCAUGCAAAACAAAUAAAAACAGAAGAGCCUAUUGGGUAAGAUACUACAGAAUUCUAUGUAAAAAAAAAAAAAUCAGAAUUCUAGAGGCAGAAAUCUAAGCAUUGGUAUCAGUACCUUUGUGAAGAAGACUGACAGCAGAUAAUUUUCAUUUCAUUUCAUUUUAUGUGUAUCAGAGUUUUCCCUGCAUGUAUGUAUGUGUAUCACAUCCAUGCCUGGUGUCUGCAAGGUCAGAAGAGGUCCCUGGAUCAUCUGGAAAUGGAGCUGCCAUGUUGGAACUGGGAAUUGAACCCAGGACCUCUCAAAGAGGAGCAAGUGCUCUUAAUCACUGUGCUAUCCCUCAGACCCCUUUGUAUCUUUUCUUGGUAUUAAGUGAACCAACCUUUAUAAUAACCUUAGCUAAAUGGCAUCAUUUAAAAGAUGGAGAAACUGAGACAGAAGGAGGUUAAACAUUUGUCUGCAGGUCAAGCAUUGUCAAUAAGUGGAUUUGGAUGUACAACAUCUGACACCCAUGUUGAUUCACGGCUUCCUGACAAAAAAGGAGAGGCAGAGGAAGGUAGAAAGAAAAAGAUAGAGUGGAGAUCCUAGAAUGAAUCUAACCCUACUCUGUGAAUCAUCUACUAUGUCUGAGUAACUUUCCUACCUUUUAAAUUUACUUCUCAACUCUGAAAGGAUUUGUCAUGAAGUCAUCUCAAAGCUGGUUUGGGGCUACUAAACACUAUGAAUCCUUUUUUUUUUUAUUUAAAUAGACAACAAGCAGAGAAGCACAUUGCUCACGAAUUGCUCUGGUAGACUAUAAGCUUCUGGUGGGAGUUUAGAGCAUGUACUCGAGUGCCUAAACUGCUCGGUAUCCAGCCUAAGAUAUUGGUCUCAUUCUCCUGCCAUGUUCUAGUCCUAAGCAGUAGCAUAGGAAAUCCACAGUCCCCAGAGAGUGAUUGGUUCUGCCUUCUCCUUCACUUAUAUAAAAGAGAACUAAGUAAGGCUCAGAAUUAUGGCCCCCAGUUAGGUAAAAGCCACCAGCUGUACUGAAUCCUACCUCACUGCUCACUCUUCUUUGACACAUUCCCCCCAAGAACUCGCAAAGACUUUUAACUCCAUAUAGAUUUACUGUAAGGUCACAUUGUCACUUCUACCAUUAAACACCUGUUUAUCACCUAUAACGCACCUAUUGGCUCCACAAUGUAUCUUAGUCUGUACAAUGUCUACUUCCCAGAAUUUUUUUCUGGCCCAAGAACUUCCAAGAGAAAUCACAAACAUGUCUCCAAAAUUCCCACUGCAAUCUCUUUAUCCCAAGACCCUCCAUGCUAUCUCUUCUACCUCUCUAGUUUCCACCAUGAUCUAGCACUUUCAAACUUGGGGCUUAUUAUUCUCUCUAUCUCUCUGUUUGUCUGCCUGAUUGUCUGUCUUCUCUCUCUCCAUCCUUCCCUCCCUCCCUUCC